GCGGAUCGUCACAUUAUCGACGCAAGCUGCCACGGGUUGCAAGGAGCCCCUGGGUCCCACAUCAUGUCUUUUGGAGGCAUAGCUUUCGAGAACAAUGACACGGUGACGAUCCAUGGGCCCUUGAACGUGACAAUGGGACCAGGGGUGCGCAGUCUCAAGCAUUCAGCCCUUUGGAGCGCGGGAGAUCUGCGAAUCACUGCGGAAAAGGGCAUCGCGAUGCAGUUCAAGGACAUUGUAAGCGCAAGUAGGGGGGCUGCGGCGCAGGCAGCUCGCAACCUCUGGGUUGAAGGGCUGGGAACCAUGCUGUUUGAGAACUUGCACAGUGGUGGAAGUGGCGGCGCGUUGAGUUCUGACGGCCACUGCGUCUAUGCCAACGUCGCCCACCUGCUCUUCCGGAACUGUUCUGCAGAGCACCCAGGCGGCGCCAUUUUCGGAAGCUCCUGUGUGGAGCUUAACAGCAGCGAGGUGGACAGUGCAAUUCGCUUUCAGGGUUGCAAGUCUAUAUGGCGUGGAGGAGCUGUUGCGAGUCGAGGCCAAAUACGGUUGACAGGCAGGGGUACUCAUGUUUAUGAGCAGUGCCGCUCUGAAUCCGCCGGAGGUGCAGUGGGCACCUUUAAAGAUGUUGUGGUGGAGCUCCAGUCGCCAGGUUCUGUGGUUUUCUCUGACUGCCAUGCUUCAGCCAGUGCGUGGGGCCGACUAACAGGUGGAGGCGGCGCUGUUUGCAGUUACCGGAAUAUUCGCAUUUUGCGUGGCUACCUGCAUUUCUCAAGCUGCUCCUCUGAAACCCAUCGCGGAAACGCUAUGCUUGCAAGUGCGGGCAUCAUCAGCAUUGGUGACGAUGCACAGGUAGUUUUAGAAGGCAUGGAAAAUACAGCAGGUUCAGCAAUGUCUGCACGAGUUGUGUCACUUCCGCCAGAAAGCAACGUGCUCCCAAGCGAUGUAUUUGCAAAAAAAGAAGUGCUGGCCUCAAGGGGCCUGUACAGACGCGACAGAGACAAAGCUGCUUGUCCUGCCGGGUCCAGAUUCAAAAUUGGCUCAGAUGGCAGUCCCAUUUCUGGCAAGUGCAAAAUGUGCCCGCGUGGCACAGCAUCGUUGGCUCCGUCUUUCUUUCAAAUUCAACAUCAGGUUAUGAUUCCGACAGCUGGAAUGAAGCUUGUACUCGUGCACUAUUCGUCUCCCAACACACUGAAAUCCGUCGGCAUCUCAAUCUUCAGUAGCUCCGAUGGACUCCAGGCAAACACCAGCGCUACAGACCCGCGCAGUUUGGGCAUCACUCGGGGGCUGCCGGACGACAGCUGGAUACUAAAGCAGCCACCAGUUGUGCUAAGUCAUAGUGGCAAGCUGGCAAUGACCCUCCAGGGAGAUAUGCUGCAGAGCUCUGACGGAGGACGCCUGGCGGUGCCCUUUCAGAAUUACGCUGCAGACCAAGCCCUCGCCAUCGUCAAACCAGGGGAGGCCGUGAACUGGGCAAAUGUCAGUGACUCGGAGAUGUUUCGGAUAGACAAGCACGGCAUCAUCAGUCCGUUGCACGCGCCAUUUGUGGCUAUUGGCGUUGAUCGCGAUGUCAUCUUCAGCUAUGCGCCUUCCGACCCCUACGAAGCUUGCGUAUCCUGCUUGGACCUUGCGGAGCAACUAGCCGACAAAUUGUUGUCCACGCGUGCCCGAACAAGGCGGCAUGCCCGGGCAGCCAUUUACGUGUUACCGCAGCAGGCAACUUGUCCUCUCGUAGCAGGCUUUGCGCCGAUGGCUAUGAGCCGACCGCCGGUUGUGUUCGAUGUGCUGAAGGUUAUGGUUACAGGCUUGGUUGGGAGCCUCGCACCCUGGAUUACAGAUGUCUUUCUUUCCUUCGUCACCAUCAAUUGCCGGAGCCUGUCUGCUGUGCAGCAUACUCCAGGAUAUCUGCAAUUGAGGAAUGAUGCGUACACGUCGGCGUCCGCGUUGUAUCAGUUCCUUUUUGCGGCAGACUUCCUUCCGAGUGCUGAGCCAGGGUUGGGCGUUUGGUCAUUCGAUUGCUGGGGUCUUUCUGAUGGCCCCAUCGACUUGUAUGCAGACAUCGGCCUUUCAUGGGCAGUGCCAGUGGCACUGCUACUGAUGUCCUGGUGCUGGUUCGGGAUCCGUUCUUGGUGCAUGUGCCUGGUGGUGUGGGGCAACGUAUUCAUCCCACCGCUUUGUGGAGCAGCGGCCAAGUUCAUGCCGUGCUUCACUACCCAAGAAGGAGGGCAGCGUAUCCUGAUGUAUGAAGCAGCCUUUAGCACUACUUGCGCCUCCAGCUUUGCAGAAAGUGCGGCCCUUCAGCGAACUUGUCUUCUCGUGGGGACAACAGCCCUUCUUCUUCUCAUUGGCCCAGUCUUGUGGCUGUCGCUGACAGUACGAUCUCCAACGGACAAGGAGGGAGAUGAAGAUGACAAAGCCGUUGCCUUCCUAGUAGCAGGGUACGAGCCCAGGUACCGCUGGUGA